CGUAAUGCGAAUCCACAUUUUCUCAUGUGAUAGGAUUCAUUACAAACAUCCGAGGAGGUACCAAUUUCGUGUCAUAAACGCCAAACCCACAGACUUUGUGUUUGAGGGAAUCCAAGCUUAUCUUUCACAGUCCAAAUUUACACUGCAUUUCCGUCUUUAUAUACACAUCAGAGAGAGAGAGAGAGAGAGAGAGAGAUCACUGUGGUUUCUCUUGUCUUUUUCCCUUGAUCGAGACCCCUCAAGAAUGAUCUAUGCUUCCCACUGCUUUUUCAUGAGGGUUCUCUUCCUUGGUCUUUCAAAUGACGACAAACAUACCCAACUCCCACGUUGAUUUAGAAUCCACCGCCGUCAGUGACGGCCCCGACGGUAAUGAGAUCGUGAGCGAGCAGGACAAGAGGAGGGAAUCCUCUGCGUCGGAGUGUUCCGUAGAGGUCGUGGAUCUGGAAGCCGGGGGGAAGGUACAUUUGGCGAAACGCGGGAGGGAUUGUAGGAUUUGUCAUCUGAGCUUCGAUGCAGGGAAUCAGGAGUCCGGUGGGGUGGCUAUGGAGUUGGGUUGUUCUUGUAAAGAUGAUUUAGCUGCUGCCCAUAAGCAGUGUGCUGAGGCUUGGUUCAAGAUUAAGGGCAACAAAACCUGUGAGAUCUGUGGGUCCACUGCACGCAAUGUAGCUGGUGCAAACGAGGCCGAGUUGUUGGAGCAGUGGAACGAGGCAAAUGAUGCUGUAGCUGUUGGACCAGUGCCCUCCGCAGAGACCAGGAGAUUCUGGCGGGGGAGUCGGUUUCUCAACUUCCUGCUGGCAUGUAUGGUCUUUGCAUUUGUCAUAUCCUGGCUCUUCCACUUCAACGUCCCCUCAUGAAAUCUGAUCAAAGGCUGUUGAGGCAAACGCGUACAAAAGCUUCAAGCCCCCCUGCUACAGUUUCUACUUCAGGUACCCUUCUUGUAGUUUGCUUCCCAUUCUUGGUUGGAAGAAUCAAAUCUGUAUCUGCUGCUGUUUAUAUUAGUAUCAGAGCUUUAGCGGACUUGUACUGGAUGUUGUAUCAUUAUUAUUAUUUUUUUUUUUUUGAUCCCGCGUGACAUAGAAUGUAAGUCUGUACUGUUGUAGCACUGUAUCAUGUAUCGGUUGUCUCAACUUCCCUCUCAACUUAAGCAAUUGCCCAAA